AUGGCCGGAAAACCACAGUACAGCGAUGCCGAGAUCCUCUGGUUCGUAAAACAGGUCUUUGAAUACAAGAUCAAAAAUGAGGAUCUGGUAUGCCAAGGCUUCAAGGAAAGAUUCGGGCGAGAACUCAAGUCACAUCAACACAAAUACCUCAAGGGCAGAUAUGGAAGAGAUCCUGCUUUCAACUGCCCUGCAAUUACUGGAAUUGCAUUUCUGGUCAAGCCAGCGAUCAGUGAGGAGGCUCAGCUACCGAUUGUUCCCCUUGUACAAAAUCUCACAGUCAUGGCCUGCCCUACGAUGGAACUGCAUGGCAACGUUGACCAGUGUUUGAACUCCAUCCAGCCUAUGGAGGGGGACGGCAAUGUUGGUCAAAUUCUGAACCCCAGCCAGCUCAUGGAGGGAUAUGGAAACGUUGGCCAAAGUCUGGGCUCUUGUCAGCCCAUGGAUGGGUAUGGCAACGUUGGCCAAAGUAUGAACUCCAGUCAGCCCGUGGAUGGGUAUGGCAACGUUGGCCAAACUUUGAACGCCAGUCAGCCCAUGGAGGCGUAUGGCAACGUUGGCCAAAGUAUAAACUCCAGUCAGCCCGUGGAUGGGUAUGGCAACGUUGGCCAAGGCUUCAACGGCGGCAGCAGCGGUAUGGCCAUGGCAAACCACUACACUACAGCUCGACACCCUACCACCAGCAACAACCCCCGACAGACCACAGAGAGUCCUGUACCCGUACCGCGGCGAGCCGACCUCUCCGGAAUGUAUACAGCAUCUCGGGUUCACAGAUCUGAGCGCAGACACCGAGCAGCACGUGCUGCUGCCUAUCAGCAGGCACAGGCGGCGGUACAUGCGGACGAGCAGGUCGAGAGGCAGCUGCAAAACAGGCAGCUGCAAAACAGGCAGCAAGUGCAUGGGACGCGACAAAAUAUCGAGCGGCUGCAGAUGCCGGGGAUUCCUCAACCACAGUACCCCGCCAACCAAACUCCAAUGCUUUGGCCGCAGGCCAACGUUUCCCCGUCCACACAACAGGAACACUUCAGCCACGGCAUGCACCAAGCGCAAGGAGUUACUCACCAGGAAACCUUUGCGAGCGAGCAGCUACAUUGGACAAUGAAUUCUCACUCAGCCCACCAGCCCCCCGCAGCUGUUUAUCCCCAGCAAGCGACGUAUAUGAGCAAUCACAGCCAAGAGCUCCUAACACAGCGGUGGAUCGAGACCCAAGCAAAUUACCAGCAGGGAAGACAAUCUGCGGCGCCAGCGGCGUACAUGGGCAAUCAUGGUCAAGAGCUUGGAACAGGGCCAUGGAACGGGACCCAAGGACCUCACUUGCAGGAAAUUCAAUACUCCGCGCCGGCCGCGCCGGAGGCUGUCUUCAGUGCCCCCGAGCAGGGUUCCUGGGAAUUCGCCCCCCAGCUGGGCGCACCCGACUUGGCCACAUUUAGAGCGACGGAAGAGAACCAGCAGGAACCAGUACAAGGUAUGCAGAACCCCCAUGAGCGCAAUGCAGAGCCGCAACCCUCCGCUGCGCUUUCACGUGGGCAAUUGCAGCAGAGCGAGCCGCUCUCACGUGGAGAUCCGCAGCAGAGCAUGCCGCUCUCAUAUGGAGAAUCGCAACAGGGCAUGCCGCUUUCACGUGGAGAGACACAGCAGAGCGAGGCGCUCUCCCAGGAAAGUCAGGCUGCCAAUGGAAAUCUGCAGGGACAGACUUCUGCCAGACAACCUAGUCCUUUCAGCUAUCAGGUUAUCAGCAUCCAGCACCUUCAGCAGCUACUUGCCGGGACCAGCAACGGUACUGAGAAUGCGAAGGAGCAAGACGGCGAAGUGGACGACUUCAACAUUGCGGAUUUUAUCAAUCUCGAGAAUGCUCCGUGA